AUGGUUCUCCGAGACUCCCUCUACAACAGUGUCUGUAUUGUCGGCCACCUCGGAUACGUUCGACCAAUAGGAACGAGGACUGUCUGGACUCUGGACUGUCUGGACUCAGGACUGUCUGGACUCUGGACUGUCUGGUCCCUGGACUGUCUGGACUGUCUGGACUCUGAACUGUCUGGUCUCCGGACUGUCUGGACUGUCUGGACUCUGGACUGUCUGGACUGUCUGGACUCUGAACUGUCUGGAGGCUGUGUAUGA